AUGGCUCCUACACUCUCUACUACUAACAACAGUAAUUAUAAUCACGAAACUAAGAACAAGCGGCUAGGAUUACGGAGUAGGCAGAAAUCUACUACUAGUCACCACCACCAUCAACAACAUUAUCAACUAUCGCUAGCGUCCCCAGCCACAUCCUCGCAGCCGUCUAGGCCUCGCACUCGGCGUCGUUCCUCGCUCGUCAAUUAUCCAGGGGUUACCAAUAGCAAACGGCAUAAAUCUGUACAUAUUUCGGCGGAUGAGUACAAGGCCAUCAGCGAUCUCGUCGAGCUCGCCAAGGAUUUCCUCGUGAAGCAUCAAACCAGCGACGAUAACGAUCUAGACUCGCCAACCCGAAGCGGAACCAGCAGUAGUAAUGGCGGCGGCGUUGGCAGCGGCUCUCUUGAUAUCUCGAAGCCCCCAACGCGGGAUGGGCCCUUCGACCCCUUUGGCGCCAACUUCGACGCCCGGGAGUGGGCCAAGUCCUUCUACCUUCUCCGCUCCGAAAGCUGCGAGGUGCGAAAGGCGGGCGUGGCGUUCCGCAAGCUGAGCGUCUCAGGCCAUGGACCCGGCACGGCGUUCCAGACGACGGUCGGCAACGCGUGGUGGUUCCAGGCCGUGGCCGUCGUGCGUGGGCUGUUACGCAUGAAGCGUCUACAGGAGGUACGCAUUCUGCAGGACCUUGAGGGCGUUCUCAAGGAUGGAGAGAUGCUCUGCGUGCUAGGUCCACCAGGCAGUGGGUGCUCGACCUUUCUGCGGACGAUCGCGGGUAACACGCGUGGCACGCAGGUAGCAGGCGACGCCUAUCUCAACUAUCGCGGUCUGACUGCUGAGGAGAUGAGACGCUAUUUCCGAGGCGACGCCAUCUAUACGGCCGAGGAGGAUGUCCAUUUCCCGGUGCUCUCGGUGGCUGACACGCUCUUUUUCGCCGCGCGCGCAAGGGCGCCCAAGACGCCGCCAGGAGGUCUCACGACGGACGAGUAUGCACGGCGGGUGCGCGACGUGACCAUGGCCAUGCUGGGCAUUCAACACACGCUCGAGACGCCCGUCGGCGGCACUGACGGGGACACGGCGCGCGGCGUGUCUGGCGGCGAGCGUAAGCGUGUGAGCAUCGCCGAGGCGGCCCUGAGCUUCGCGCCGAUCCAGUGCUGGGAUAACAGCACGCGUGGGCUCGACAGUAGCACGACAAUAGGCUUUUGCAAGACCCUGCGCGUCCAGAGUGACAUGAUGGGUAUGACGAGCGCCGUCGCCAUUUACCAGGCGCCUCAGGAGGCCUACGAGCUCUUCGAUAAGGUUCUCGUCCUCUAUGAGGGACGACAGAUCUACUUUGGCCCGACUACCCAGGCCAAGGCCUACUUCCAGCGGCUGGGCUUCCUCUGUCCGAAGAACCAGACGACCCCCGACUUCCUGACGUCCAUGACCAGUCCAGCGGAGCGUGGGCGAGAGGGUAUCAUCAAGCCUGGAUACGAAGCCAAGGUGCCGCAUACGCCGGACGAGUUUGUGGAGGCGUGGAAGACGAGCAGCCUCCGCCGCCGGCUCGACCAAGAGGUUGACGCGUACGACGCGUGCUUCCGCCUCACCGGCGGCGGCUCCGGCUCCGGCUCCGGCUCGCGGACCCACUACGCCGAGUUCCUUGCCAGCAAGAAGACCGACCAGUCUUCUUUACAGCGAUGGAAGUCGCCCUAUACCCUCUCGUACCCGCGGCAAAUUCUGCUGUGCUUGUGGCGUUCCCUCGCGCUGAUAAAGGCGGCGCCGCAGAUGACGGUGACGAUGCUCGUCGUCAACCUCUUCCAGACCGUCAUCGUCGCUAGCCUCUUCUUCCGGCUGCCUGAAACGGCCGAGUCCAUGAGGUCCCGCAGUACGCUACUGUUUACGGCCGCGCUGGUCAACGCCUUUAUCUGCAUACUCGAGGUAUCGGCCUUGUUUGCCAAGCGGGCCAUUGUCGAGAAGCAUGUUCGCUACGCCCUCUAUCACGCUUCUGCCGAGGCCAUCGCUGACCUAGCCAUGAGCUUACCGUUCAAGCUGCUCAACUCCAUCAUCGUCAACACCGUCUUCUACUGGAUGUGCAACUUGCGAGCGGGGGGCGGCGCUUUUGCCUUCUUCGUGCUGGUCCAGUUCGCCAUGACGCUCGCUCUGAGCCUGUUCUUCCGCCUCGUGGCCUCGGCGGCCAAGAGUCAAGCGACGGCCAUGGCCCCAGCAUCGACAGUGCUGCUCACCCUGGCCUUGUACACAGGUUUCGGCGUACCCCCCAUAUACUACAAGCCCUAUGCUGCAUGGAUCGCCAAGCUCAACCCCGUCGCGUACGGGUUCGAGGCCCUCAUGAUCAACGAGUUCGGCAACGGGCGCAGGUUCCCUUGCACAGCCUUUGUUCCGUCUGGCCCAACCUAUGACGCGGGCAUGAUGGCGAUGCCGCAGACGCGCGUGUGUGCCGCGCAGGGGGCUGUCGCCGGAGCUCCCUUCGUCGAUGGGAGCGCCUACAUCUCCGGCGCUUUUGGGUAUCAGGACAGCCACCGAUGGCGGAACGUCGGCAUCAUCUUUGCCUUCGCAGCAAUCUACCUCCUGCUACACCUCGUUGUCACGGACUUGGUAAGCAGCGAAAGGAGCCACGGGGAGGUGCUCGUUUUCCCCAGGGGAAAAGCCCCGACAAGGCGGGCAAAGAGAGACGACGUGGAGGAUCAUAUCACCAAGGGAAGAGCAGAAACACCGAGCAUGAGCAUGAGCACGUACAUAGCUUCCUCCUUCCCCUCCGAGCCUGCUGCGCCUGUGUUGAAGAAGAACGGGAGUGAGCAUUGGACCAGUAACAUUGCGGACAAGUAUACUGGUGAAUGGGGUUUUCCACCGACGACUAUGGAGAGUGAAAGAAUCUGCAAUAUAACUGCCAGUAAAAAUUCUCCUCAUCCCCCCGCCACUACCAUAUCCUGGAACUGGCCGCAGGGCCACAGCAGCUUGGAUUAUCACGAUCAUGGCCAUAGCGGGCUGGGGAUCGACCGCCAGACGGCCAUUUUCCAUUGGAGCAACGUCUGUUACGAUGUCAAGGUCAAGAAGAAGGAGACGAAGCGCAUUCUGGACUGCGUGGACGGGUGGUGUGAGCCGGGUACUCUCACUGCGCUCAUGGGCGUCUCGGGCGCCGGCAAGACGACCCUUCUCGACGCCCUCGCCUCGCGCCUGUCAACCGGCGUCGUGACGGGCGAGAUGCUCGUAGACGGAUCCCCGCGGGAUGACUCGUUCCAGCAGAAGACUGGCUACGUCAAGCAGCAAGACCAGCAUCUCGUCACUUCGACGGUGCGAGAAGCCCUCACCUUCAGCGCCGUCCUCCGCCAGCCGGCCCGCUUCUCGCACGAGGACAAGAUGGCCUACGUCGAAAAGGUCAUCGACAUCCUUGGCAUGGGGCAGUAUGCCGACGCCGUCGUUGGCGUGCCCGGCGAGGGUCUGAACGUGGAACAGCGCAAGAGACUGACCAUUGGUGUCGAGUUGGCCGCCCGUCCUGCCCUGCUUCUGUUCCUGGAUGAGCCCACCUCUGGCUUAGACUCGCAGACGAGCUUCUCCAUCUGCUCUCUGCUCGAGACCUUGAGAGAUAAUGGCCAGGCUAUUCUGUGUACGAUCCAUCAGCCAUCAGCGGUUCUCUUUGAGCGGUUUGACAGACUUCUUCUUCUUGCUCCUGGUGGACGAACCGUCUACUUCGGCCGGAUCGGACGCCACGCAAACGUUCUUGUUGACUACUUCAUUCGCAAUGGCGCUCCGCGGCCUAUCAAGGAUCAGAACCCGGCCGAGUACAUUCUCGAACAAGUUUGCGCCGGCGGCAAGCAGAAGAAUGGCAUCGACUGGCCCAACAUCUGGCGGCAUAGUCCUGAAUACGACGACGUCAAAGCCCACCUGGCGCGAUUGAAGGAAGAAGCCGGCGGGAGAGCGAGGCGGAGGGGGACGAUGACAAUGCAACAGCAGCAGGAUCCGUCUUUCGCCGCUCCCUUCUCCCAACAGCUUUCCGAAGUGACGAGGCGCGUGGCCCUACACUACUGGCGCAGCCCAAGUUAUAUCUAUGCAAAGAUGCUAUUGACCUUCGGCGCCGCCCUCUUCAUUGGCCUCUCGCUGCUCAACCUUCCCAACACGCAGGUCGGUAUCACCAUCCAGACCAUCGCCAUCUUCAUGUUCCUCACGACGCACUUCAACCUGAUGUUGCAAAUCUUACCUGUGUUCGUCACCCAGCGCACCCUCUAUGAGGGUCGCGAGCAGCCUUCACGCACCUACUCAUGGGCUGCCUUUAUGGCCGGCCAGAUGGCCGUCGAGAUGGUCUACAACACCCUCAUGGCCCCGCCAGCAUUCCUGGCAUGGUACUAUCUCGUCGGUCUCUACCGCAACGCCGCCGAGACCAACGACACGGCCUCGCGCGGCGGAUUGGCCUUUCUGUUCAUGCUCGUCUUCUUCCUGCAGGCCAGCACCUUUGCGCACAUGGUCGCCGCUGCCUUAGACCUUGCCGACCAGGCCGCCGGUAUCGGCAACCUCCUCUUCGUCAUGAUGUUCAUCUUCAACGGCAUCCUCGCGACGCCGCCUACCUUCUGGACAUGGGUGUAUCGCGUAAACCCCAUCACCUACCUCGUCGAGGGCCUUCUGGGGACGGGGCUCGCUAAUGCCGGCAUCCGCUGCGCUGAGACCGAGUUCCUGUACAUGAACCCGCCGCCCGGCCAGACGUGCGGCCAGUACCUGCAGGCCUAUAUCGCCCAGGCCGGCGGCUACCUUGCCGACCCAGCCGCCGCCGCUGACUGCCGCUUCUGUCUGACAAGCAAUACGAACGAGGUGCUGGCGGGCGUCCACGUCGAGUUCGGUAACCGCUGGCGUGACCUGGGAAUCCUUUCCAUGUACGUCCUCUUCAACACCGUGGCCGCCUUUGCUCUGUACUGGACCCGUGUGCCCAAGCCUAGGAGAGAUGAAGAUGGUACAUCAUCAUCAAGUCCGCAGAAUGACAACAGCAGCACAAACCCUCUUGUAGAGACCUGGAAUCGUCUCAAGGGGAAGGCCAAGGGUAAGGAAGGUCGUGAGGGUGUUGCUGGCGGACCCUCGCCGCAGCUUCCGUGGACCGAGGAUAAACGGGCCGGCACGUCAUUAAGCGGCCGCACCUUGCAGGAUACGCAGGCCGUGAAAGCGCCUGGAUCGGCUCGGCCGUCUUCCAACGGCAGCAUCCAGGCGCUCGGGAUAAGUAGGAGAAGGUACUGGGACGACGACGACGACGACGACGACGACGACGACGACGAAGACAAUACUGACGACGUCCAAGCACUGGACAACAAGGUAGAUAGGUAUGAGAAGCAGGAAAGUGGAUCGGAGGACUUAGGUGAGGGCGAAGAGGGGAGUCAGGACAUCCACUUUACUAUGCAAAGGCCACCCGCGACUCCUCAAUACUGGAUUUGA